CAUCUGUUAACAAGCUACUGUGGCGUAAAAUUGUGUCAGUUGCUUGGUUUUCUUAUCAAAAUUGAUCGAUAGAGUUAGUGAAUGAAUGUUCGAAUGGGCCGCCCGAUAAAAAUAACAUCCACGUAGUAAAGAAGAAUCUCACCAUCGUCAACAAUGGAGCAAGCAAUUGCCGUGCCUCAGGAUUUUCCCGAACCGGUGGCCACGAACAACUACAUCAUUCCAACACUAGGGCUGCAUCAAGGUACCUUUGUGUUUUCUUAUCUUUCUACGUUUCUGUCCUACAUCACACCAUAUGAUCUGCCAGUAGUCUACUGCAUUCUAGAGCUGUUGCGCGAUGCUUUCCACACGAAGGUGUCCUUCUUCCAUCUGAUUCUAGAGGCGCUGAAGGUAGAAUCAGGCUACAUAUGCCUGAUAGCGAUAUUCUUUUUGGUUUCGCUGAUCCCGCUCUGUUACACUAUCGCCUGGGGAUGUGCCAAAGAGCCAGAUGACAAUUUGAAUCCCGGUCCAACCGUCGAUGCCAUCAUUCAAGCGGAAGAGCUCUCACUAGAAGAAACACUGCACUGUCGAAAGAGUUUCCUGGGCCUCAUGUUGCAAGUGAUCAUACUGCUUUUAAUUGCCGGAGUGAUCGCGAUGUUUGUGACCAACGAACAAAUAGCAUCAGCUAUUGAACAAACACCCGUAGUGGUGCGAUCAUCUCUACUGGACACGUCCACAUUUUUACGAGACGCUGAAGAGCAGAUACGCUUUGUCGUUUCAAAUGGCUUGGCAACGGCGAUCGAACGAAUUUGCAACGAUCUUGAAAACAUCGAUAAGUUGCUCGGUGAACCAAUACAACACCAUCUGGCUUUGUUCACCGGCAUUGACAUCAUAUUUGAGUCAAUUAUCGAUAUAAGCACCAGCAGUAGUAACCUUUCACGUCGAAUUCACCUGCUACAGGACACGUUGGCAAGGGCGGCCAAAAUUUCCUACGAAGCCGAGUACCGACUGGACGAGCUUCAGAUACAGCUGUCGGUGCUGCAACGGCAAUGUACCUUCCGUGAUCGGCCACUGUGCGAUACGCUCAAGAUAAAAAACUUUGAAGAUACCGGUUUGAUAGAGCGGAUUCGGAAGCUACAAACUGAUAACACUCUCGCCAAGUUGAUGGCCAUGGGUGAAUCGGGCAGAAACACCAGUAUGCAUGCCCUAACCCAGGAGUUAACACUGGCCAGGGCCACCUUUCGAAAUUAUGCAACAGAGGUGCGGAACGCGAGCGACUACGCCUCGCAUCGCAUCCAGGAACGGAUGAAAGAGCUCACCAACGAAACGGAAACGACAGUCGACAUUUUAACGCAAACAACGAACGCGCUCGUGGAGAAGGUGAACCGGACGGCAAACUUUUCCGAUUCGUUCUUUGAUCGCUACCGUGAAAUUGGAGCCAUUUUGUGGCUAGCUGGGUUGGCCACCACGGUCAUGACGCUGCUCGUGACGCUGAUUCUGCUGAGUGCGUUAAGCUGUGGCUGUUGUCAUGCUGAUAAUAAAGCGGGCGUUACACUUAUCCUUGGAGCGAUAUGCAUCUGUAUCGCGAGCUUGGCAUUAUCGGGCUUCACAAUGAUUGAAAUGCUGCUGGGCGCCCACGGUCAAGUCUUCAUCUGCAAUCCACUGUACAACGAGCCAAGCUACACGGUGCUACAGAAGCUGAUUGACAAACCAGGACUCAUCUUUCCGAGUGAACCGCAGCACGGUGUCAUUGGAGAGUUGCUAAAACAAGCAACACCAAAGAACUGGACAGUUGUACGACCGAUCGAGGUGUCACUAUCAACGGUACUGAAUGAGUGUGAACAGAACCGAGGAUCCUUUGUGACGUUUCAACUUGAUGCGCUAGUUAACCUAUCGGCAACAGUUGAUCACCGCCAGAGGCCAGGACUCGCCGGAACGUUUGAAAGUGUCGGUGCCAACGAGGAUCCUUUCCUGGGAUUUACCGUGCGAAUUCAGUCCAUUCUCGAAGAGAUGCUGUACGAUUCGGAUCUCAACCUGACCGGCACUCGGAUGGAACUGACGCAAGUGUCCCCCGAUAAGGACGUGCUGACCUUCAUCGAUCAGCUGCAGCGAGUUUCCGCGCAAAUCCAGGACGUGGCCACUUCCAGUCGCAUGGCAACGCUAGGUUCGCGGGCGAAACGACUGCAACUGUCCCUGUUGGCUCCACUCGAGCAGCUGCGGGGUGAUAUCGUGUACCAUCUCACGGCACUGGAGCUCCAAUUGUCACCCUGGGCCGCCCAGGUCAACAAGAGUCUCUCGCACCUUCGCAAUGCGCAAUCCUUUCUCGAUGCGGAAGCGGCAGAGGUGUGCUACAAUAAAAGCGACUCCUUCCGGAACAGACUCCGGGGGCACUUGGAGGCGUACCAGAACCACACGACGGCCGUCUUGAACGAUCGGUGUGCCAGCUGUCGGCCGUUGUUUGACAUAUUCGACGCGAUGCGUAUGCUUUUCUGCCAUCACAUCAUGGACCCAAUGAAUGGCCUCUGGUUCUCGGCCUUUUUGUGUCUCUUUUUUUGGGCCAUCGCUACCCCACUAUCGCUCAUUCUGUCGUCCACCUAUCGACGGCUCGAGGUGCUCUCUAGCAAGCUGCAACACUCCAACAGCCAUCGCUACGACCCCCGAACAUCGAUGCGGGAAGAUCAACGAGAAUCUAGUCACUGGUCGACUCAAAGAUCGGUAUCGGUGCAUGUUAAUGCGAUGGCAGAAUCCAGCACCGAUGAGGAUUUUGUAGAUGAAACGACUGUUGCACGUGGCAAAGAAGAUGCAAUCUACGAAGAAGGUGCCGUCAUUAUCGAGUACAUCGAGCUAAGCUACGAAAAUGGCAAUCCAAUGGACUAUCGCGAAAGUUUAAUAUAAUCUGACCACGUUCAUCGCUGGAUUGGCAACCGCGUCUCAUCGUGCCAUUUGUAUAUCUUCGUUGCCAUUUUUAAUCGUUCAAUAAAU